ACGUGGAUAGACGAACAGCAAGUAGCACGACGUGCAAAUUAAUUCCGUGCAGAGUUAAACAGUCAAAUUUAUGGCUACUGAUCUGUUCUAUCGACUAUAUCGCAUUAACAUGUGACACAGAGGAAAAUGAUAACGGUUGAAAGUCUGCGACCUGCAGCAAAAAUGAAUAUGUUCUAAACGCUUGCAGCAUCAUCUUUGAAUCAGCUGUCAUAAGCAGACGAUGCACAGUAUCUGAUGCCAUUUAUUGGAUUGUAAGGUCAUGGAAUUGACUGAAACUAAUGUACAGAUAAGAGAUUGUUCCAUUGACUUUAUUCCUGUUUACAUUAAACAAGAGAAUGAUGAACAUGAGACAGAUUUUAAUGAUAUUGAAAUAAUUAAUGCAGCUCAAAAUUUUUGUUCUAUUGAAAUUAAAGAAAGCAAAGGAUGUGGUACAAUUAAUAACAAUGAAGAAUCAAAUAUAAAUAACAAAAGCAGUACACAAAAUACAAAUAAUUUAAACAAUCCAAACUCAGCAUUAAAUAUUACACAACAAAAUGAAACCUGUAAUAUCAAUGGUAUUUUAAAUAGUUCAGUGUAUUUGCAAAAUUUGGAUUAUGAAAAUAUAAAUAUAGAAAUACAAAAACCAACGAAUCAAAUAGCUGAAGUUUUUAUUAAUCAAAAUGAACAAAUACAAACAACCAAUUAUAAUGUUUCAACAGUUACAAUACCAAGUGAACUAUUAGGACUAAAUCUUAAUAUAAAAAAAGAAAAUGAAUUAGAUCAAGAAACAGUUUAUACUACAGAAUGGUUGUGUAAUGUAAAUAAUGAAACUGAUCUUCGAUUAAAAGUUUCAAAAAAUACCAAGGAUAGGAUUCAAGAAGUUCCUACUGACAUUAAUGAUACAGUAACAUUACUGAACAAACACAAAGAUCAAACAUUAGAGAAUGUUAAUAAUAUAAGAACCAAGGAAAGUAAACCUGAAAGACCUAAAAGACAAUUGAAAAUAAGAUCAAACUCGUUACAAGAUUAUAAAGAAAAGUUACGAAGAAAAGCAGAGUGCAUGAGAGAGAAAAGGAAAAAAUUAUAUGAACAAGAAAGUGAAGAACAGCGGCAACAGAGAUUAGCAAAGGAGGCAGCGAAAAGACGAGAAAUGAGAAUGUAUUAUGAAACACCAGAGCAAAGGAGAAAAAGAUUAGAUGCAGAAGCUGCAAGGAAAAGAGAAUACAGAAUGUACAAUGAAACACCUGAAGACAGAAGAAAAAGGUUAGAUCGUGAAGCAGAAAGAAGAAGAAUGAAAAGGCUUUCGUUAUAUGCUAGUGAAACUCCUGAACAAAGAAGAGAGAGAUUAAAUAGAGAAUCAGCGAAGAGAAGAGAGGCUCGACUUAACCAAUAUGCUAAAGAAACACAAGAAGAAAGAAAGGAAAGAUUAAAGAGAGAUGCUUUGAGAGUUAGAGAAAUGAGAUUUACUAGAUCUGCUAUUGAAACAGAAGAGGAGCGCAAACAAAGGUUAGUAAAAGAUGCUCUUCGAAAAAGGGAGGUAAGAAUGCAUGGACGUCAUUCGGUGAAUAAUAAUUUCACUGAACUUCAAACGGUUCGCAAUUUUGAAGAAUUAAACAAUGUGCAGAUAAAGGAGAAUCCUGAUAAUAAAUUGGGAGGUCAUUACUUAAGUAACUGGAUGAUGUGGUUCCAAAAUUCAUUAGUCCAACCUGUUCAUGUUGAAGAACAAAUCAUCAAAUCUCAAUCAGAAAGUAGUGGAUAAAAAAUUUGUAUAAUAAAUUUUUAGUACUGUAUAUAUUCUCUUUAAACAUCUAUACAUGAAACAUAAAUCUCAAUCAUGUAAGAUGAUUUGUACAUAUUAUUUAUACAAUAUUUAUGCUUGAAAUAUAAUAGCAAAAUAUAACAUAUUCUAUGGCUGCAUCAACAUAAUAUUUAGAAUAUACAACAUAUAUAAAUAAUGGUUCUUAUAUACUGUACAAUUUUAUUUUUAAUAUUUAUAUACUUUACAAUCAAGUACGAUUAUGUUAUCAUAUAUUGUUAAGAAUGUGAAAACUUGUUAUUUACUAUAUUUAUUAAUGUAAGAUAAAAUUCAAUGACUAAUGAAUAUUAUAAACAUUUGAAACGUUUAAUAUCAUUAAACUUUGUAUCGUAAAAAUUACAAAGUAUAUUCAAAAGUUUUACUAUUUCAAAAGAUGUACAAAAUAUGAUAAAAUUAUUGCAUUGUUAUUCUAUUAUUUAAUAUAAAUAACAAAAAGGAAUUUAUUAAUGUAUUAAAAUUGUAAAGAAUUAGAAUGAUACAUUUGUGUGAGAUAAAAGAAAUACAUACUUCUUAACAGUGCCUUUUUGUUCACUGUUCUACAAAAGCAAUUUCUAAUGUGAUUCAAACAAUUUAUACAUAUGUAUAUAUCAUUUAAUUAUGAAUGAAUGAUUCUGAUGAAAAUGUGGCUACUUCUUAAACUAUACAUACAUUGUCAUGCGACUUUCCUACAAGUUCCUUUAUAUGGAAUAAAAUAAGAUAAUAUCAUUAUCAUAAAA